AUGGUCGAUCUUCACAGAGCAAUCAACACCACCAAAUCAGGUCUCAACCACGUCAAAUACGAACAAGGUGUAAGCAGUGAAAAGUUUAUCCCACAACCCUUCUCUGCCAACCAUCAACAUUCCAUCAAUGACCGAAUCUUGAUGAAACUAUUAGAAUUAUGGAGUGAGGUACAAUCUUUCGUCCAACAUUUCAAUUCCACAUUAGAAGAGCAUCACAGAAAGGUUGUUGAGAAGGAAGUUCUCAAAUGUGAAUAUUUGGCUUCGAUUCUAGAUGAAGUAUUCGAAUAUGUGUUGAGUCAGGAAGAAAUACAUUCGAAUAAGGUAAUUAGUGGAAAGGCAAAUUUCAAUAUGAUUAAACAAGUGGUUGCUGAUUUGAAUUUGAUGGAUUUGAAACAACUUGUGCAUCGAGUUGAUAAUUUGGGAAAGGAUGUUGAUAAGGGAAAGGAAAAGAUUGACUUGUUAAUUAAUGAAUUGUCAAUAUUCAAUUCUGUAUUGUAA